AUUUUUGCAGCAUGUCUGUAUACAUGCACUUAGUUCUCAGUUCAGCGGUGAGGGAUUGAAAACACAACUAUAUUUUGUUCCUAAUGAGGAAAAAAAUUGGGGUAAGUCACUUCAUUUUCGAAGAGGUUGCAGAGAUGACUUUUGUAUUGUAGAAAUUAGUGACUCGUCAAUUAAUUUCUAUGUAUGGACAUGCAUUGGUGAGAUCAUACGGAGUUGAACGGUGGUGGUUUUAGGAAACUUGUAUUGUCCUUUCCCCUCAUUUCUCUCUACAUUAGAAACAAAAUAUAAGUACGUAUGUUACACUCUCCACCGCUGAAAACUGAUGUAUUCACACUUAGAGGCUUGUGUAACCUCAGUUCAUCUACGAUUUCUCGGUAAGUUUAUAGAUAGUGAUUUCAUGUAGGUCAUAUAGUUAUUAAACUAGGUAAUGGGACCCGUAUAAAUUCUGUUUUACAAAUGAACAAAUUAAUUAGGAGGAGGCCAACGAAGCGUGAUGUCUCCUUGGAAAAACACUUCAUAGCUAAAUCAGCCAUGUCUGCAGAGCUAGCCAAGGAGGAGAUGAAAAUGAGAAUCUGAAGUCAGACGUAAUCAGCCUUGAGUGUAUUCAUGAAGUUCCUCUAAUUCUCUCUAUAUAAACCCCCCAUCAAGUUCUCUUUUAAGCACGCACCACUGGUACUCGGAGUAACAUCUGAAUUUAACCAAGAUGGCUAGUCACAACCUGCUCCGAGCUUUCUUCCUCACUGUCUUUCUCGUUUCAGGGAUCUCUGCUCAGAGCUUCACGAACGACGUUGAUGUGUCUGGGAACGCUAACGUGCAGGAAGAUGGGAACCAGCUGCAGCUCAGCCUCGACUCUGCUGGUGGCUCUGAAGCCAUAUCGAAGCAGGAGUAUCUUUACGGAAGGUUCGACAUGCAGAUCAAGGCCGUCCCUGGCUACUCUGCUGGCACCGUCACGUCCUACUUUCUUCAAUCUCCACGACCGAGCAAUGAUGAGAUAGACUUCGAGCUGUUAGGGAAUGUAACUGGGCAACCCUACCUACUGCACACCAACCUGUGGACUAGCGGGCAAGGCAACAGGGAGCAGCAGAUGAACCUGUGGUUUGAUCCCACGGCUGACUUCCACAACUACACUUUCGUCUGGAAUCCCCACAACAUAAUAUGGUUAGUCGAUGGAAUACCCGUGAGAGUGUACAGAAAUGCACAACAACAGGGAAUCCCAUACCUGAGCAGCCAAAGGUUACGCGUGCGCGCUGCCUUAUGGAACGGAGAGGAAUGGGCUACAAGGAGGGGCCGAGUCAAGAUCGACUGGAGCCAGGCGCCGUUCGUGGCAUACUUUUGCGGUUACCGCACCGACGCCUGUAGUGACGGGUCCCAGUGCUCUGAGAGUAGGGGACAGUGGUGGGAUUGGACUCUGGACGAGGCUCAGGCCAAAAAGCUCAGGUGGGUGAGGGAGAACUACAUGGUCAGGGACUACUGUCAGGAACAAGGUGCCCCAGAGUGCUCCGUCAACAAUCCAUAAUCUCAUCACUGCAUAUGAGACGAUAAGUUGGAGGAGAACGUGUUAAAGUGAGAAAAUGUAUGGAUGAGAUGAGAAGUGUAUUCUCUUUGACAAUAAUAAUAACUCAUGCACAUGUACAACUUGGUUAUUAAGCCAAAGAAAGCCUUCAAAAUAAAGAUGUGCACCAUAAUUAACUAGAAUAAAUGA